UGUGGAUGGUAUAAAAUGAUCCAGCCGGACGGUGGAAAAGACACACUUGAUCGCCAAGUGCCAGCUCAACAGCAACUGUUCCUCAUCCUCAACAUGUUCAAGUCAAUGACCCUUUUGGUUUUUGUGGCUUUGGCCGCAUGUGUCUUCGCCAUGGAUGCUGAAGUCCAGGAUCAGGCGGCUGCUGAGCAAUACUACCGCAUCCAUGGUGUCUAUCCAUCGUGGUACCAAUACGGCGUCAAUGCCUUCAACGGAUUCCGCGGCUACCCCUUCGCCGGCUACCCCUACCCCGGCUACCCCAUCACCGGUUACCCAUCUGCCGUCUACCCCGCUGCCGCUGCCUCCACUGUUGUUAAGAACGUCGCCUAUCCCUACGGUUACGGCUACAACACUUUCCAAUAUGGCACUUACGGAGCCGUCCCUUACGUCGAGCCUUACGUCGCCCCUCCCCACACUUCUGCCCGCAGAGCUGCUGACCCCGGCUGUGGCAAAGACCCUAACCCUGAAUGCUGCUAUGGCUCUUGCGGCUAAAUUGACAUUAACACAACGGCCAGCAUCCACAUCAUUUACGUCAAACGAAACUCGAUCGAUUUAACCAACUGUCUAUACUUUGAAAAAUGUAACCUUCAUCGUCACUGUAAUAAUAUCUCACUUGAAAAUGUUUCAUUGAGUAUAAGGACUAGCAGUGCUGCGGUUCCCAACUCAAAAGAAAUACAAAUUCGUCAACAGUAAAA